AUGUCCGAUUCAACUAACAAUCAACAUCAGAUUACCAUCGAUGAUUCAUAUCAAACGGGUGGUGAUCUUAAUAAUAAAAAAGAGGAGUCUACCAAAACCACACCACUAGAAGGGGAUCAUCCACCUCCAUAUGAAUUCGUUUCAGCCGAUAGUGCACCUGCGUAUUCUGCCGCUUCUACAUCCACGCGAAUACCAGCUCCUGUUUCCGGAUCUAAUUUGGAAGCACAACGAAUAGGCACGAGGCCUGAAGAUUCUCCAAUUGUAACUCGGAAUAUGGUGGCGGCGAAUGUUGUUGCCCUUGUUGUCCCUCAAAUCGUGGAAAGUGCAAUCUCCAAGGCCAAUAACGAUGCUUGUAGAAACCUGAACCCGGUUAAUGAAAACAUAAUAUAUUAUUCAUAUGAUCCAAAUGUCUAUACCAAUUUUUCAAUUGAUUCUUCGGACAGUUACAUUCAGAACGGUGAUCUUCUUGUAUCUCGAGAUUUACAAAAUAAAACGAAUGCCACGAUAUGGGUACAAAUGGCAGCUCCCGGAAGAGCACCGGCAAACGUUGAUUUUGUUCCUCAACAAUCAAGUUAUCUGAUGAGAUUUCACCAAUCAAGUGGUGGGUCAAACUUUCUUGGAUUAUUUGGCAUGUCGGCAAGUUGUAUCAAAGUACGUGUAAGAUUAUUUUUACCACAACGAAUGACUUCACCUCAAACCCAAACCGUGAUACAAGCGGACAAUUUCGAUAUCCAAACGUUACCCAACGAUGUCAUCUACAAUCAAUCCUUAAAUAUAAAAUCCACUAAUGGAGACAUAUUGGUGAAUCGAUUGUAUGCGAAUAACGUUACUCUCAACACGAGAUAUGGUGAUAUCUUUGGAAGCAUACGGUCACUGAAAAAUGCCAAGAUAACUUCGAGAGGGAGCAUCAAUAUGUUAAUGAACGUUGCACCCGAUGCGACGAAUUAUAAUAUAUCGGCUACUGCUUUUGGUUACGUAGCGUUACAAUUUAACAAAUCUUUCGCCGGAAAGUAUGAGAUAAUCACACAUGAUGAUUAUGGAAUUAAUGACUCGUAUGGUACGGUGGGAGACAAUGGUACAGGAACAUUGAGAGUGGAGUCACGCGGAAGAGCUAUUGUUAGAUUCGCGUGA